AUGGAGUCUGCGCAAAGAGAGGGCCAAUUGCUUGGAUGGAUUUUUCCAAUGGAAAUCAGGAUCCUCUUGCUCAGACAACUGGCAGCUCCCCAGUGGAUCUUGGAGCAUCAGAAGUGUUUCAUCGCCAUCAACGGAGAAAAAAAUCCUGUCGCUCCUCUCCCCCCCAACAAGGACCGCGACACCGCUUCUGGGCCCCCAGAUCCAGUGGCUCCGCCGUCGGGCGAGAUCCGGACAACGGCUUCCAAGUUCUGGCCUUCCAGUGAAGACUCGCCCAGCCCUUCCGGUUCACAGCGUCAUCCUGACCCGAUUGACCUGGCCCCAUCCCAGGGCGAUAGGUCAGCCGACCCCACGCGUGUGGGAACUAUUAAUAACUUGGGAUAUCCCGCAUACGCUGGUCCGCUGCCUGGAGGAGUGACCUUUCGGCCGCUGCAAGCUGAUCCCAGCGCCCUUUAUCUAUCGCGGGCAUCCUUCCCGGUUUCCUCCAAUUGCUAUUCCCAGUUCUAUCCCAGCUGCCCCGAACCCAAGCAGGGUGGACCAGCAGGAACAGUGACAUGA